AUAUUUUGUUGUUCUUCUUGCAACUAUUUAAUUUCUUUUGUUUUUUUUUUUAGAAUGAAAGCUUCCACGCUAUGCAAAGUAAGCAGAUUUAGGAAAAGGAGCGCAAAUUAAUGCGCUGACGAUGCUUCGGACACUGCACACCUGCCUCCUGGGCUUCCUGGGCUUGCUGACCACCGUCCAUGGAAACAUCAUCGUAUAUACAGAGGACCUGCCACAUAUUAUAACGGAAGAAUUCCGCGACAUGCCAGCCAGCUUCGGGCCCGAGCUGCCUCCGGACGGACUGCGAGGGUUCUUAGUGGUGGGCGAACCGGAAGAUGGCUGCAGUCCGCUAGUAAAACCUCCCGUCAACACAGACAACUUCACUGGGAAAUGGAUUGUCUUGGUUGCUAGAUAUAACUGCAGCUUCGAGGUAAAAGUCCGGAACGCGCAGGCAGCGGGUUUCGAUUGUGCCAUCGUACACAAUGUCAACUCUAGUGAGCUGGAGACGAUGUCGGCGAAGGAUCCUGAUGGUAUAACGAUUCCGUCUGUCUUCGUCAGCGAACUCGCUGGAGAGAUCCUCGGCGAGGAGUACAUAUAUACUAAUCGUUACUAUAUAAUGGUGAACGGAGACCUGCCGUUCAACAUCAACACGCACCUGCUGCUGCCGUUCGCCAUCGUCGUGGUGCUCUGUCUCAUUGUGAUACUUAUAUUUAUGAUAGUAAAAUGUAUAAAAGAUCGCAGACGAGCUCGACGGCAUCGGCUGCCGAACAGGGCGUUGAAGAAGAUACCUACGUGCAAGUUCAGCAAGGGAGACCCCUACGACACGUGCGCCAUCUGCCUCGACGAUUACCAGGAGGGCGAGCGCCUCAGGGUGCUGCCCUGCGCGCACGCGUACCACGCCAAGUGCAUCGACCCGUGGCUGACGCGCAACCGGCGCGUGUGCCCCGUGUGCAAGCGGCGCGUGCUGGCGGCGGGCGAGCGCGCGCCGCACGACUCCGACUCCGAGAGCGAGCCGCUCAUCGCGGACGCGCCGCGCACGCAGGGUGGUACUUUCGAGGAACAGCGAGAGAACCCAUUCGUGAGAGCGGCGCGGUAUAUAUCUAGACUGCGCAGUCGCAGUCAGAGAGGGGAGGGUGAUGCAGAGGUAGCUCAACCUUCAGAAGAAAAUGAACAAAAUUCCAACGAAGAACCGGUGUCAGAAAGCCACGAGUCCGCCCCUCUGAUCCGCUCGGAGCCGGAGGGCCGGCGACGCGGCCGC